AUGUCGCAACAACCACCACAGCCGCCGUUCGCCGCCCCCGAGGACGAUGCCACCAUCACCCAUCUCGUCCACAACCUCGUCGAGGAGGCAGUCCGAUCUGUCGAGGAAGUCCCCAUCCCGUUUGGGCCGCGACACCCCACUCAAUGGCCUGUCGAGGAAUUGGCAGUGCGGGAAGCCAUACGGCAUUCACUCACCCCCGACAGGGUCAAGGAGCUCGUCGACUUCUCCGCCUUGAUGUAUGUCGAAGAGCCCGAUGAUAACCUCGUCUGUCCCAUCUGCAAACUCCCCGUCGUCACCCCGGUCAUCACGCCCUGCGACCACACCUUCUGCCUCGAAUGCCUGAAGCGCCAUUUCUUCUCCUCCGACGCCUGCCCCAUCGACCGGACCAAGUUCCGAGCCAAGGACUGCAAGACGUCGAGGCUCUUGACAAAUAUGCUCGACAGCCUCGUCGUCAACUGCCCCAAUGCCGAGCGAGGAUGCGACGAGACGAUGAAACGCGAGGAGGUGGUCAAGCAUGCGAUGGGCUGUCGCUACACACUGCAGGACUGUCCGGACAAGACGUGCGAUAGGAGAGUGGAGCAGUGGAUGGCGGCCACCGGAAAAUGCUGGCACUUUGAAGAGGCGUGCGAGUACUGCGAGGAGAAGAUGGAGGCGGCGUCCAUGGCGGACCACAUCAUCAGAGAUUGCCCCAAGAAUACCACGGCCUGCGCCGACUGCGGGGAGAAGAUCAGGGUGUCGGAUUUGAAGCAACACCUCGCAAAUCGGUGCCCCGAGGCGAGUGCUGCGUGCAAAUACGGCGACUACGGUUGCAAACACGAGGCGAUUCGCAAAACGCUCGCUGCUCACGAGGAUGAAUGCAUCUACAAGGUUGUCGCCGUCGUCGGAGAAAAGGUCAGGAAUCAAGAGAAGCAGAUCGAGAAGCUCCAGAAAGUGAAGGAGGACCAAGAGCGGCAGAUUCUGGAACUCAAGGAUGAGAGGCGGGACUGCAUGUCGUGGGACGACGUGUUCAACCUGAACAACGUCCAGGGCGGGCCCAAGUUAAAACCGACCGAAGCAGUCAUGAGCAUCUACGAAGACAUGGAGCGUCGGAUGGAAGAACUUAGAAAGGACUUCACCGACCUCGAGGGUCGACAGACGGUCAUGGUACUGAACCACACGACCGACGACGACAAGAUGGAUCCCAACGAGAACCAGGCACCAGAUGCGCCUGACACGGCGAAGAUGAACGAGAUCCGGUUGCGACGUCUGGCCAAGCUCGGUUCUGCCGCCAGGACCUCUCCCAAGCCGGAGGGCGACACAUCACCGAAUCCCGGAGCUUCGGGCGCCUCGACACCAACCGAAGAGAAGGGCAAGGGCCUCGCCGAAGAGCCGCGCAAGAUCAACAUCACUCCGUCGUCGACACCGCAGCCGAACCCCUUCAACCAGCUCGGCGUCAAGGCCGAAUCGAACGAGGGCAAUAGCCAGAAGCGAGCCGCUAAGAGCGAGACCACGCCAGCACCCGUCACGAAGCGCCCGACCGUCGUCCAAGAAGAGUCCAUCGAUGACUUCUCCGACCGAACCCUCACACAGAUUUUCCGCAUCACUGUCGAUCCACACAGAGUUACCGAUAUCCAUGGCCACAAGCUUAUGUUUCUGCCGGGGGCGAACAGCGAACUGACGGAGUCAGAUGCGGCGCUGAAGCUGACGACCAGCGUUCUGGACAGUGCCCUGCUGGAGGCUUUGUCGACUCUGAACCACAAGAAGUCCAUUCUCGGCUUCCUGUUGCCAUGCUUCAAGCGCAUUCUACGCCUAUAUAUCACGGUCAAGGAGACGGCUAAGGACAAGAGGGAGGUGCUUGACGAGGCGAAGAGAUUGUGUGUUAGCAACUGCUUAUUUGCUCUGACUCUGCCUGACCUUUUUGGCCGAUCACAGCCUGACAGUCUGGCAUCAUGUCUCCUGAGAGGCCACGACACUGAUGACGGCGUGUGUCUGGACUUCCUGCGGGAAGCUGUGAACCGGUUCCCUGAGGAUGAGCAGUACCCAGUGGUGUUCGCCGAGGCGAUCAAUACCCUCAGCCUUAAGUUGUCAGAGAUGUCCAUGGAUGGCGAUUACAAGCCAUACCUCAAUGCCUUGAUGACAUAUACCAAGUUCCCGCCACUGCUUAAUGCUCUGGCCCAGCACACCAACUUCCUCCCUGCACAAAACUCUGGUCCUCUCAUUGAGAAGGCAACCAUCCUGGGUCCGUUCUUCCGGAUCUCUCCACUGCAAUCCGAGGUCACGCUCACCUACUUCCCAAACCCCCGAGGAUUGGACAGAAGACAAGCAGCCCAGCCGCAGGAGGCACUACGCGCCAUCUUGAGAGUACACCAAGAUGAAUUGUUCACGAUCGCCAACGCCUUUAUACGAGCCGACAGCGAAACGAGAAGCCGCGUCCUUGACUGGUUCGCGUCCGCCAUCAACUCCAACAAGAAGCGUAGAGCUAUUCAGGUUGAUGCCAAGGAAGUCUCUUCCGACGGGUUCAUGACCAACCUGACAGCCAUCCUCGACCGAUUCUGCUCGCCGUUCAUGGAUACGACUUUCUCCAAGGUUGACAGAAUCGAAGUUGACUACUUCAGACGGAGCCCUCGCGUGGACAUCAAGGAGGAGACCAAGAUCAACGCUGACCAAGCGACGUCGGAUGCUUUCUACGAAAAGAAGGCUGAGGGCACAUCCAACUUCAUUUCUGAAGUGUUCUUCCUAACUCUCGCCGCUCAUCAUUACGGCAGCGAGGCCACAAAUGCAAAGGUCAAGAAUCUGGAGCGCGACAUCAAGUUCUAUGAGACGCAUGUGGCUAAGAUGGAGGCUGAGCGUCACAAGAUGGUGAACAACCCCGCUCAACUCGCUAUGUACGAGGUGACUCUCAAGAGGCAUACCCAGGUCCUGAAUAAGGCAAUUGCGUUGAAAUACGCCAUAGAGGGUGUCUUCUUCGACGAGAAGAUGCAGGAAUUGUCUCUCCGCUUCAUGCGCUACGUUGCUGUCUGGCUUUUGCGCCUUGCCAGCCAAACGGACUACAAGCCUGACACCACGGAUCUUCAACUUCCGCUGCCCGCUCAGACGCCGGAGGCAUUUGCCUGCUUGCCCGAGUACGCUCUCCAGAACGUCGUUGACAACUUCAAAUUCGUCUACAGAUACCUUCCCCAAAUCAUGCCGUCCGCAGUCGGCAGUGAGAUGAUUGCCAUGUGUAUCGCUUUCCUCCGAUCAUCCGAGUACAUCAAGAACCCCUACCUCAAGUCGUCUCUGGUCACGCUCUUGUUCUCCGGAACCUGGCCCUUUUCGCAUUUCAAGAAGGGUGUCCUGGGCGACCAGCUUUACGGAUCCAAGUUUGCCAACGAUCACCUGCUGCACGCCUUGAUGAAGUUCUACAUCGAGGCAGAGUCGACUGGAGCUCACACUCAGUUCUACGACAAGUUCAACAUCAGAUACGAGAUCUUUCAGGUCAUCAAGUGCGUCUGGGGCAAUGACGUCUACAAGCAGCAGCUCACCAGAGAGAGCAAGGUCAAUCGACAGUUCUUCGUGCAAUUCGUCAAUCUUCUGCUCAACGAUGCCACCUACGUUCUCGAUGAGGCGCUGACGAAAUUUCCCAAGAUCCACAACCUCCAGCACGAACUGGAGGCUGACCAGAGCAUGUCUGCUCAGGACAGACAGAAGAAGCAAGAGGAGCUAUCGGGUCUUGAGAACCAGGCCACCUCGUACAUGCAGCUCGCCAACGAGACAUUGGCGAUGAUGAAGCUAUUCACAUCCGCCCUGUCGUCUGCAUUCACGAUGCCUGAGAUCGUGCAGCGUCUGGCCAGCAUGUUGAACUACAACCUGGACACUCUGGCUGGACCCAAGAUGGGGCAGCUCAAGGUGAACGAUCCUCAAAAGUACCACUUCCAGCCCCGAGUGCUGUUGUCGGACUUUGUGGACAUUUACCUCAACCUGGGCUCGUCACAGGCUUUCAUCGAAGCUGUCGCUUCGGACGGUCGCUCCUACAAGCCGGCCAACUUUGACAAGGCUAGCUACAUUCUGUCAAAGAGGUCCAUGAAGGAGACGGAGGAUAUGGAGAGGUUCAACACCCUGAAGGAGAAGUUCAAGGAGGCCAAGGAGAUUGCGGAGCAGGCAGAGCUUGACUUGGGUGAUAUCCCUGCCGAGUUCGAGGACCCCAUCAUGGGCGAUCUGAUGAAGGACCCUGUGACCCUGCCGUCGAAGCACAUUGUGGACCGCUCGACCAUCGUCCAGCAUCUGUUGUCUGAUCCCAAAGAUCCGUUCACGCGACAAGCGAUGACGAUAGACGACGCGAUCCCGCACACCGAGUUGAAGGCCAAGAUUGAAGCGUGGAAGGCCGAGAAGAUAGCGGCUGCCAAGGCCAAGGUGCAGGGUGAUGCUAUGGAUACCACAGAGGGCUGA